AUGACAGAUUUGUCAUCUUCCUCCUUCUUUUCUGAUUUGGGGCUGCUACUGUAUUUGGAGGAGCUAAACAAAGAGGAAUUAAAUAGAUUCAAGUCACUCCUAAAGAAUGAGACCACGGAACCUGGAUCCUGCAGGAUACCCUGGUCUGAAGUGAAGAAGGCCAAGCGGGAGGAUUUGGCUAACUUGAUGAACAAGUACCAUCCAGGAGAGCAGGCCGAGGGGGUGGCUCUCAAAAUCUUUGGCAAGAUGAACCUAAAGGAUCUGUGUGAGAGAGCAAACGCAGAGAUCAACUGGACAGCCCAGACGAGACCAGAGGACACUGGGGCCAGAGAGGUACAAGGUGAUCAGGAAGCAGUGCUGGGUGACGGAGCAGAAUACAGAGUUCAAAUAAGGGAAACAUUUUGCAUCAUGUUAGAUAAGAACCAUUUGCUUGGAGAAUCUGAAAACUUCUGUCAUGAAAUUGCUCAGGAAGGCCGAGAACUGUUGGAACGUUUGUUUGAUGAGGAUGUCAGAACAGGUGAGCAGCCACAGACGGUGAUCCUUCAGGGGGCUGCUGGAGUUGGGAAGACCACCUUGGUGAGAAUGGUGAUGUUAGACUGGGCACAGGGCAGCCCCUACCAGCAGAAAUUUACCUAUGUUUUUUAUCUCAAUGCAAGAGAAAUGAACCAGUUGAGAGAGAGAAGCUUUGCUCAAAUGAUAUCAAAGGACUGGCCCUGCACAGAAGGGCCCAUUGAAAGGAUUCUGUCCCAGCCGAGUAGUCUCCUUUUUAUUACUGAUAGUUUUGAUGAACUGAACUUUGCCUUUGAGGAACCUGAGUGUGUGCUGUGUACAGACUGGACCCAGGUACACCCCGUGUCCUUCCUCAUGAGUAGUUUGCUGAGAAAAGUGAAGCUCCCUGAGUCGUCCUUAUUGGUGACGACAAAACUCACAGCUUCUUGGAAUCAAUCCUGCGACCUAACUACGGUUUGUUGCCGAAAUAUCUCUAAGGCUCUCAUCAGAAGCCAAAGCUUGUUAUCUCUGAAUCCAUCAACUAAUAAUCUCUUGGAUGACAGAGUGAAGAUGUCGUGUGAGGCCUUAAUGCAUCCAAAGUGUAACCUAGAGAGAUUAUCCUUAGAAAGCUGUGGGCUCACGGUAGCUGGUUGUGAGGAUCUCUCUUUGGCUCUCAUCAGCAAUAAAAGGCUGACACGUUCAUGCUUGGCGGACAGUGUCUUGGGAGAUAGUGGAGUAAACCUUAUGAGUGAUGCCUUGAAACAUGCAGAGUGCACUCUACAGAGCCUUGUAAUCUUUAAUGAUAAUGAAGAUGAUGAGGAUGAUGAUAUUAAUAAUCGCCAUUUAUUUUGUCCUGACUUUGUGCUGGGCCCUGUGCAAAAUUUGUUUAGCCUGAACGGAAGUACCUAUUGGUGUCAGAUUGGCCACCUGAGUUCUAAAGUGAUGGGCUGUGUUCUCAUUAGUGCAUGUUGUCUGGAUCUGUCUUCUGCUAUUUUGAACAACCCAAACCUGAAGAGCCUGGACCUUGGGAACAAUGACCUGCAGGAUGAUGGAGUAAGAAUUCUGUUUGAGGCUUUGAGACAUCCAAACUGCAAUAUUCAGAGGCUUGGAUAUUUUGAGGCUAUGGUAUUGGGUAAAUGUGGUAGAGAACAGUGGAUCUCAACUCUGGUUGGUGAUUUGGCCACCAAGGGGACAUUUUGGUUGUCACAAGUGAGGGUUGCUCCUGGCAUCAAGUCGUGUUCCACACCUCAAGUGGAUCUGAAAUCAAAGGAUUUGGGAUUUCGUCCUGUUACUAUCGGUUACAGGUUCUGUGAUGUUGGCAGGCCAAAGGUAAACGAGUGUGAAAAAAGUCACAAAACCGCCAACUUGCCUCGUUGCCGGCGGGACGGCCCUCCCCGCACCACCAACCAAUCACAACCAGCAAGAGCCAGCCAGGCGGCGGGAACUAGACCCGAGAGGCACAAACCGGAGCAUUCCGCCUGCGCAGCCGACUUGUGGUUCCGGGGUUUCCGCGACGACGCGCCGCCCAACCGGUAG